AUGAAAACUACAAGAGCAAAAAUUUGUUUCAAUGAGAUUUUAUCUGAUCAUUUUCCACUUAAUUCAAUUUAUAAACACUCUAAUAUAUUACUCGGGAGAUUAUCGCCAACAAAACCAGCAAAGCAACGACAACAAAAGAAAAAUGGCAAAAAGCGGCAUUUAAUUUGCAGAAUUUUGCAUUUAGAAUCUAUUUAG